CUUCUUAUAUUUGCCAUCCUUUUGUCUCCCUGCACCUUAGUCUGGAUCUUUUUUUUUUUUUCUGACAUAUAUUCCAGUUCCCCAAUUCUCUGUUCACUGUGUCUAAUAUCCAUAUAAACCCAUCCAUCUGGUAACUGAUUUUAACAAUGGUAGUUUUAUGACUAAAAUUUCCACUUGAUUUUUAAAGUGUUUUCUAGUUCUUUGUCAAAAUGUUGUUUCUUGUCUUUUAAUUCUUUGAACAUAUUUUCAAGUCUGUGUGUGUAACCCCACUAUCUGGAUCUUCCACGUGUCUGUUUAAUGUUUUUUCCCUCUCUUGGCUUUUGGUCAACCUUUUUUUUCCCUUAUAACUGGUUAUUUCUUCUGAGCAUUGGAUUUUAAAUUUAGAGAUAAUUUGAUGCUCUGAAUGAUGGCAUAUUCCCGCAGACAGAAUUUAGUUUUUCUUCUAGUUGGCAGCUGGGAAGGGGACAGGCGAUAAUAACUCAGUGACUGAGAUGAGUCAAAGAACCAUUUCGUCUUAUGUGAAGGCUGGCCUAUCUCCAGGUCAAUUCUGUUCCUAGAUUGCAGCUCACUGGGGUCCCCAUUGAAAACCUAACAUGUUUGCCAAGGUCCUCACUCUCUGAUGGGCCCUGAACUCCAGUUUUAUCCUUCCAUUUCUGUGUGGUGGAUGGAAGCUCUGCUCAGCUUCUCAGCUUCUGGAAUUGUCAAUGGCCUUCAGGGGAUAUGGACACCAAAAGCCACAUUUUCCUUCUUGCCUUCCUUUCUCUCGCAGAUCUUGGUCUGACAAAGUCUCACUGCACUGGUAUCUAUCUGAUACUUUCAAAUAGAUUUUUAAAACUUCUUUCCAAUUUCUCUAGUUAUUCUUGUAGGAGAGUCGGCCCAAGAAAAGUAAGGUUCAGAGAGAAUAAAUAAAUUGUCCAGGGUCAUACAGACCCUGAAAGUAGAAUCUCUAUGAAAUCUAUUUAAAUAGGUGGCACAAGACCAGAGAAAUCUGAGACUUACAGCAGCCUGCAUGCCCAGCCUUCACCAUCCUUUGUCAUUUGGGUAUUAAGUUUGACAAUUGCUAUGUUUAACUCUCUUGUUUUACAAAACUGAUAUCCAUAGAGAUGGUGUGAUUUGUCCAUGACCACACAGCGAGGUAAUAUGUGAGUUGGGGUAAAAUCUAGGUAUGCGCUCCUCAGUUUUUUCCUGUUAAAUCUUGCUGCCCCCAUCUUUUUUUUUUUUAUUGUUACUUAGGUACCCAUACCUACAUCCCAGCUUUAGUAUGACAUCUCAGUGCUCAGUGGUCCAAGAAGAUUCUUCUCAUUUGUAGAAAAUUGUCCUUGAUUUAUGCAGCCACAACCACAUAUGAGUGUCACCUGUUACCUUCUUUUUUCCCUCUUUCUUCGCUUCUCUUUUUAUCUCUGAAUUUUUACAUUGCCACUGACAUCUUGCCUGUGGCUAAUAGACACGUCCACACUGAGAGACAUGUGCUCUAGUGGAGUGGGUUCAGGACUGCAUAAUUAGUUUGUCCUCUUUUAUGCCUGGGAAUAUUAUAUCAGAUUCUCUAAAAGGUUUUGAAACGUAAGGUGAAAAGGGAAAUGAUAAAAUAAGGCAUUUGAGAUUUUUAAACUCAUGAUCAGCUGCUUCCCUUGAAAAUAAUUCAUAAUCUCUUCUAGAAUUGCUAGUAAAGGCUUUUAACUUUUGUGGUUUAUCUGCUGUUCUCUUAAGCACAUGGUAUAUAUUUACAGGUUCUUACCUUAAAUUUUAGGCAGAAUCAUGAGUUAGAUACUGGGAAUAAAGCUGACCAGAAGUAAAUCAUUUCCCACAUCUCAUCUUUGUAAGGCCUGAAAAUGUGAUAUUCCACGCUGUUUUUGAAGAGAAAGCAUUUUGGUGGUUACCAGGAGGAAAGAAUGGGGCAGGUUGGAAGUGUCACUGGUCUGGCAGCCUGGAGGCCUCAAUUUUAUCCCAUUGUGACCUCUCACUUAUGUGUGACCUUGGACACAUCACAUACAAUUUAGGCCUUAUUUGGCAAUAUGUAAAAUGAAAAGGUUGGACAAGAUACCUCUUGGGAGCCUUACAAUUCUCAAAUUUUUGGAAAACUAUCCUUUACUGUGAGGCCAGUGUCUGGAACAGCAUUUUGUAAUAUGAAUGAGGACUUAAAGCAAUUUUUUAUUUCCUGUGAUCUUGUGGGAAGAGGGUGGGUAAAGUUAGAUAAUCUAGAAGUUGACAUUUGUGUUUUCAUGUAAGCAAGUCAAAUGUUCUGGACUACAUUUUGUUUCAAGCUAAAGAGCUUAUGCUGUGAUGACCCAGCUUAUUAAGUUAGAUAACAAAUGUAAGGCACCUAUUUCAUUUCCUUAUCACUGUGGGGCUCAGUAAGGAGUUUCCAAAAGAAUGAAUGAGAGAUUAUCAUCAUAAUAUCUAUCACUUAUCAACUGCCUGCUGUGCCAAGAUACAUCCGUGAGUAAUACACAUUUGGCAUCUGUCCUCUCCAAGGGGUAAGUAUUAUUACCCCUAGUUCCACGUGUGGAAAAUGAAUUCCAAUCUGGUCUUACAUUAAAAACCAUUGAUGUGGCACCUGCCUCGCGCACUGUGUGUGCACGCUGCAAAGACCAGCAAGCUCCUUGGACCUUGGAGCAGGCCUGCUGCCUUCAUGUCCACUCUCCUCAUCAAUCAGCCCCAGUAUGCAUGGCUGAAAGAGCUGGGGCUCUGAGAGGAAAAUGAGGGCGUGUAUAAUGGAAGCUGGGGAGGCCGGGGAGAGGUUAUUAUGACCUGUUGCCCUGCUAACAACUAGCCAAUAGCAAGAGUCCGACAGGCCAGUAUGGCAGACUAUGAAGAAACUGUAAAGAAAGCAACAGAAGCAUGGAAAAUGUGGGCAGAUAUUCCUGCUCCAAAACGAGGAGAAAUAGUAAGACAGAUUGACGAUGCCUUGCGGGAGAAGAUCCAAGUACUAGGAAGCUUGGUGUCUUUGGAGAUGGGGAAAAUCUUAGUGGAAGGUGUGGGUGAAGUUCAGGAGUAUGUGGAUAUCUGUGACUAUGCUGUUGGUUUAUCAAGGAUGAUUGGAGGACCUAUCUUGCCUUCUGAAAGACCUGGCCAUGCACUGAUUGAGCAGUGGAAUCCUGUAGGCCUGGUUGGAAUCAUCACGGCAUUCAAUUUCCCUGUGGCAGUGUGUGGUUGGAACAACGCCAUUGUCAUGAUCUGUGGAAAUGUCUGCCUCUGGAAAGGAGCUCCAACCACUUCCCUCGUUAGUGUGGCUGUCACAAAGAUAAUAGCCAAGGUUCUGGAGGACAACAAGCUGCCUGGUGCAAUUUGUUCCUUGACUUGUGGUGGAGCAGAUACCGGCACAGCAAUGGCCAAAGAUGAACGAGUGAACCUGCUGUCCUUCACCGGGAGCACUCAGGUGGGAAAACAGAUGGCCCUGAUGGUGCAGGAGAGGUUUGGGAGAAGUUUGUUGGAACUUGGAGGAAACAGUACCAUUAUUGCCUUUGAAGAUGCAGACCUCAGCUUAGUUGUUCCAUCAGCUCUCUUCACUGCUGUGGGAACAGCUGGCCAGAGGUGUACCACUGCGAGGCGACUGUUUGUACAUGAAAGCAUCCAUGAUGAGGUUGUAAACAGACUUAAAAAGGCCUACGCACAGAUCCUAGUUGGGAACCCAUGGGACCCUAAUGUUCUCUAUGGGCCACUCCACACCAAGCAGGCAGUGAGCAUGUUUCUUGGAGCAGUGGAAGAAGCAAAGAAAGAAGGUAGCACAGUGGUCUAUGGGGGCAAGGUUAUGGAUCGCCCUGGAAAUUAUGUAGAACCGACAAUUGUGACAGGUCUUGCCCACGAUGCAUCCAUUGCACACACACAGACUUUUGCUCCGAUUCUGUAUGUCUUUAAAUUCAAGAAUGAAGAAGAGGUCUUUGCAUGGAAUAGUGAAGUAAAACAGGGACUUUCAAGUAGCAUCUUUACCAAAGAUCUGGGCAGAAUCUUUCGCUGGCUUGGACCUAAAGGAUCAGACUGUGGCACUGUAAAUGUCAACAUUCCAACAAGUGGGGCUGAGAUUGGAGGUGCCUUUGGAGGAGAAAAGCAUACUGGUGGUGGCAGGGAAUCUGGCAGUGAUGCCUGGAAACAGUACGUGAGAAGGUCUACUUGUACUAUCAACUACAGUAAAGACUUUCCUCUGGCCCAAGGAAUCAAGUUUCAGUAAAGGUGUUUUAGAUGAACAUCCCUUAAUUUGAGGUGUUCGGCAGCUGUUUUUGAAGAAGACAAAGAAAAUUAAAGUUUUCCCUGAAUAAAUGCAUUAUUAUGACUGUGA